ACCUGGCAUGUGAACAUGGGCGUGUCGAUAAUUUUCUUUUUUUCUUGUGUGCAGGUGAAGGAAAAGUGGAUCCACCCGUUGGAGAUCGGCGACUCAUACCUCCUGCCCCUGGAUGACAUUGGCAAAGAAAACAUGACCGUCACACUGAUCGACGCCAACCACUGUCCAGGUGCGGUCAUGUUCCUCUUCGAGGGCUACUUUGGCACCAUUCUAUACACCGGUGACUUCAGAUAUUCCCCGUCAAUGCUGCGUGAGCUGUGCCUGGUAACCAACGCCGUUAUCGAUGUCCUUUACAUGGACGACACCAACUGUGACCCCACCCGCAGCAUCCCGUCAAGAAAGCAAGCCGCACAGCAAAUCAAGGAAAUCAUUCGCAGCCACCCGGACCACACCGUUGUCUUAGGUGUUUUUUUUUUUCCCCCCUUUUUUCUUCGUUAA